AUGUCGGACGACGACUUCGACAUCGAGAUCAUUGACGAUGCGGCCCUCGGCGAGAUCGACGCCAUCGAGUCGGCGUACGCGACCGGGUCUGCCCUCCCUCCUCGCUCGCUCGUCAACAAGCCCGGCCUCAUGCAGCGCGAUCUCUUCGGCGGCGUCGUAGCCCCUCCUGCGCAGAAGCCGCCACCCAAGGCAGGGCCGUCACGGACCACAACGAGCGGUUCAGCCGGGUCGGCAGGAGGAGCAGCAGGCGAGACGAGGGCAAAGGUGCGGUUGAGCAAGACGUGGGAUCCCGCAAGCUUCGCCAGGCACGGCUGGAGCAAGAAGAAUGCGGCGGUGGCCAAGGCCAGGGCGAAGGGGAAGAGCGGCAAGGGGAAGCAGCGGGCGUACGCUUCGGACGAGGACCCUUGGGACGAGGAGGAUGUGUUUGACGAUGACGACGAGGACUCGGGUGGCGAAGAGUUCUUCGUCGACACGACGUACGACCCCAGCGCCCCGAUACUCCCGAUCAAGUGGCCGCCUGACGAGCAAGCCGCCAAGACGUUCAUCUACCCCGUCCAGGCCGACAAGCCCCUCCGAGUCUACCAGUACAACAUCGUCCAGCGCUGCCUGUACGAGAACACGCUCGUCAGUCUGCCGACCGGUCUCGGCAAGACCUUUAUCGCCGCUGUCGUCAUGCUCAACUUCUACCGCUGGUACCCUCGCGGCAAAGUGCUCUUCCUCGCGCCGACUCGCCCACUCGUCACGCAGCAGAUCAAGGCGUGCCACUAUAUCGCCGGGAUUCCCCAGUCCGACUGUGUCGAGCUCACAGGAGGGACGCUGCCGAAGCUGCGAACCGUCGGCUGGGCGACGAAGCGCGUCAUCUACUCGACGCCUCAGACCGUCGAGCGCGAUUUGGCGAAAGGACGACUCGACCCGCGCGACGUGACCUGCAUCGUCGUCGACGAAGCGCACAGGGCGAGCGGAGACUACGCUUACUGCGGCGUCAUCCGCUACAUGAUGUGCCGCAACCCGCACUUUCGCGUUCUCGCGCUCACGGCGACGCCCGGCUCGAGGGGAGAUGCGGUCCAGGAGGUCAUCGACAACCUGCAUAUCGGACGCAUCGAAGUUCGCGCCGACGACUCGCUCGACAUCCGCCAGUACAUCCACAAGAAGUCGUUCGACCUCGUCGUCCUGCCGCUCGGCCCGCAGCUCAGCGCCCUGCGCGACAAGUGGGCGGAGCUGAUGAAGCAGUACAUCAACCCGCUCUACGCCGCCCGCCUCCUGUGGUCCAACGAUCCCGUCAUGCUCGCCCCCUUCGCCGUCCAGCAAGCGUACGUCAAGAUCAACGGCCUUCCCGGCGGCAAGCGAGCGAACGGCAAGUUCUUCCCGAUGAUCAAGACGCUCGCCAUGAUGGCUCGCGCGAUGGAGUACCUCGUCAUCCAGUCCGUCACGUCGUUCGAGUCGAAUCUCAAGGACAUCGAGGCCGCCGGCUCGAAGAACCUCAUCAACUCGGCGGGCUUCCGCGAAGUCGUCCGCGAAACCGCUGGCUUGCGCAACCGCGUAGGCUAUGUCGGCCACCCGAAGAUGGAGAAGCUGCGGUCGAUGUGCCUCGACCACUUCAAGUCGGCGCAGAACGAGCGCGACGAGUUCACGGGCGAGAAGCGCGAGACGAGGGUCAUGAUCUUCUGCAACUUUCGCGCCGUCGUCGAGGAGAUCGUCGCUUGCCUCAACACUCAACGGCCGCUCAUCAAAGCGACGCCCUUUGUCGGCCAGGCCUCGGCAAAGGGAGUCAAGGGCAAGUCACAGAAGGAGCAGCUCGAGACGAUCAAGAAGUUCAAGGCGGGCGUCUACAACGUGCUCGUCGCCACGUCCAUCGGCGAGGAAGGACUCGACAUUGGCGAGAUCGACCUCAUCAUUUGCUACGAGGCGAAUAAGUCGCCCAUCCGCAUGCUCCAGCGCGUCGGUCGAACAGGUCGUGCGCGCGACGGUCACAUCAUUGUCCUCAUGGCAGAAGGUCGCGAGGAGAAGAACUGGGACAAGGCGAACGACGCGUACGCCGAGGUCCAGAACGCCCUCACCUCGAACAAGAUCUUCGACCUGUACGUCGACGGCGAGCGCAUGCUGCCCGACCACAUCAAGCCGGCGUGCGAGCAGGUCCAGAUCAAGGCUCAGCCGCUCGAUAUCGAGAAGAUGACCAUGAAGGGACAGACCCGCCUCGAGCGCAAGGCGUUGACGGAGAGCAAGAAGGAGAAGCGCAAGGUGGACAUCCACGCCAACGCUCCGGACGACGCUUUCCUCGGUUUCCGCACCGCCGGGCAGAUGGCCGCUGCCAAGAAGGAGAAGCCGCUCCCGCCGUCGCAGGUCCUGCGCAAUCGCAAGGCGGCUGCGUUGCUCACGCUCGAGGAGGAAUCGUACUUGCGGUCGCGAUGGCAGCACGACUCGAGCGGCAAGUCGGUCAGCCCACGAAUCUUCGACCUGGAGGAUCUUCCAUUCGAGCGCGGCCUGUCAGGCGGAGCGCACCGGAUCCCCCGCCACGGCGAGCGGCAUCUCGAUCUCCUCACCGCCAUGCGCGCAGCGGAGCAGCUCGCCGACUCGAAGACGACGGCUCUCGACGCCUGGCACGACAAGCACUCGAAGGCGUUCAACCCAAAGCUUGUACAGGUCUUCCGCGCUGAGGAUCGGCAAGGUCUUCCGCCUCGACACAAGCGACUCAGGCGCCCUCCGCCAGUCGUCGAAGACGAGCCUCCGGCGAGCUUCCCCGUCAUGACUGGUUUUCCGGCAGCGCCGUCAUCCUCGAUGUUCGGCACGGCGGAUCAGCAGAGCGGACGGCCACUCUUCCGGCAGCCUUCUGCUCAGGAAAUCGACCCCCUCGCAGCCGAACUGUUCUCGUCGCCUCAUCGGCGGAACAAGCGCGUCUCCGUCUCGCCCGUUCCUACCCCCUCUCCUCCAGCCAAGCGCGACUCUCGCUCGACGCCUCCUCAUGUCUCGUCUCCAGUCCGACACGCCAAGCCGCCGUCGCGGCCAGCUAGUCGCGCCUCCCAACACACCAAGACUCUCGACCUCUCCAACCUCGACUCGGAUGACGAGCCGCUCGUUCCCCAGCCCAAGAAGGGUGCUCCUCCGCCCCAAGAGCCUGCCGCGCCGGCCAACACGAGCUUUUCGAUCGACCUCGACGAUGACGGCGACUUGGUCAUGUCGGACAGCGAGCUUCUUGCCGGCGCUGUCAUUCGCGGUCCCUCCAAGUCGACCUCGCCCCCCAAGCCCGCCCUUGCGAAGCCGAAUGGCAUUGUGCUGGCAGGUCCGAGCAAGGCGACUGGCUCCGCCAUCAUCAUCGAAGAUUCGGAUGACGAACCGCUCGUCGCCGCGCCCGCGAGACCAGCAAGGACAGUCUCCGCGCCCAUCCUUCCCGCCCCGCAACCCGUCCGUCCCGCCGCCGCAGCCUCUUCCGCCUUCCGUCCUUUCGUCCCUCCCCGUCCUUCACUCUCCCAACCAGCGGCGACGACCGCCAAGCCCGCUUCACCGCCGGCCGCUGCCCCUGCUCCUGGCGCCGCGCCGUCUUCGUCCACCUCUUUCGAUGCAGGCGAUGACUUCUCGAUUCUCGAAAUUGCGGAAGACGAGCUCGAUGCGUGCAUCGCUCAAGCGCAGGCUAAAGCGCAGCAGCCUCAGCCGAUUCGCGCCGAUGUCGACCGCGACCGCCAGGAAAUGCCUCCUCCGCCUGUCGCUCGCCAUGUCGUAGCCGGCCCGAGUACCGCAAAGGCCGCCUUCCGACCUGCCGGCUCAUCGCCUGCGGUCCCUGCUGGCGGCGCUCGAGCAGUACCGAUGCGCCGACUUGCCGUGCCCGACUCGUCUUCAUCGCCUGUCCUUGCGAAGAAGCGGCUCGGGCCGCCAAGGCGGGACGUCGAGGUUGUGGUGGAGAUCACCCAGCGGGAGCGGCCGAGGGAGAAGAAGGGCAAGGCGAAGCUGAAGCGUGGGAAGGAGGCGCGCGAGGAUGCAGCGCAAGGUGAGGACGAGGACGAGCACGUUCGAGCGAAGAAGCGGCGAAAGGGCGUUGUCGAGGAUGACGAAGAGGAGGAGAAUGGCGAGGAUGCGCGGCGGAAGAAGAAAUCGAAGCGCAAGGACAAAGGGAAGCGCAAGGCGCGCGAGGAGGAGCAGGAGUCCGAAGAGGAGGAAGGCGACGACGCUGAGCGACGACGCAAGAAGGCCAAGAAGAAGGAGAUCCUCACGCACAAGCAGGCAUCUCGCUUCGGCAUCUUCGACAUCGAAGCCGUGAACUCGUCUGCCUCGGGCACAGAAGCUUCGUCUGAGGGCUACUCGUCUGAGAACUCGAUCGACCGCGAGUUCGUCGCCGCGACCUCGUCCGACGUCCAUUCAGACGACGACGCGCAGCAGCAGUUCUACCGCGAUAGUCUUGCGACGCAGGCUCCGCCUGGCUUCGGCACACCCGUCUUGUUCGGCAAUCGCGCCGCGAGGUGGCAGGAGAGGAUGGGCAGAGGGUUGAAGCCGAUACCAGUCACGCCCGGCUCGCAGGAGGAGUUUGAGCGCGAGGACUGGAGCUACGAUUCCUUCGUUGUGCACGACGACGAGGAAAUCGAGUACGAGACGAGCAGUCCCGGCGCGCCAACGAGAUGA